GAUAUGUCUACCGGAAGUAGUAUUACUGUUUCCGGUUCGGUGUUACUAAAGCUGUCAUAACACGCCAAUGAUUCGGUAACAGGACGGAAUGUAAACGGUAAUAAAGACGGUAGUUCCCAGGUUGGUGUUUUCUGUCCCUCGGUGGAAACGGUUCCUCCUUUCCGCUCAGUGGAAACCAAACUCAGCGAUGGAGCUCAGUCCGCCGCCGCUCUUCACAUUCGGGGUGAUAACUGACGUUCAGUACGCGGACAUUGACGAUGGAUUCAACUUCUCCCGCACGAGGAGGCGCUACUACCGGAGCAGCCUGCAGCUGCUGAGGAACGCUCUGAGCGGCUGGUCCUUAUCGGCGGUUAAGCCUGACUUCGUCCUCCAGCUCGGUGACCUGAUAGACGGCUUCAACAAACCGCGGGGCGCCUCGCAGGCGGCGCUGGACGCGGUGCUGCGGGAGUUCGCCUCCUUCCCCGCCAAGGUGCAUCACGUGUGGGGAAACCAUGAGUUUUAUAACUUCAGCAGGAGCGAACUGAUGAAGUCCCCGCUGGACAGCAGCUCCUACGCGGAGCGGAGCCCGACAGGAAGCCCGGUCCGGGAGGACAUCUAUGCCUACCAGUUCAGCCCCUUCCCUGGGUUCAGGUUUGUGCUCCUGGAUUCCUAUGAUGUGAGCCUGCUGGGCAGACAGGGCUCCAGUCUGCACUAUAAUACAGCCAUGGACCUCAUUAAGCUGCACAACAAAAACCAGGACCUCAACUGUCCUCCAGAGUUGAAGCAUCUCAGCCGCUUCACGAUGUUCAACGGCGGGUUCAGUCAGGAUCAGCUUGACUGGCUGGAGUCUGUUCUGUCUGUGGCCGAUGAAAAGAAGGAAAGAGUCAUUAUUGUCAGUCACCUUCCGAUCCACCCCGAUUCCACCGAUGCCGUAUGUCUGGCGUGGAACUACGAUGACCUCCUGGCUGUUCUUCGCUCCCACAGCAGCGUGGUGUGUUACAUGGCUGGCCACGCCCACGACGGCGGCUACUGCCUGGAUAAAGACACCGGCGUGCACCACCUAACGGUGGACGGGGUGAUCGAAACGCCUCCCGACAGCGACGCCUACGCCGUCGUCUCCGUCUACACAGACAGGAUGGUGCUGACGGGGAGCGGCAGGAUCGCGGAUCAGGUGUUCUUGUUUUCCUGAUAGCAGCGUGACUCGGUGCGAAAAAAGGCAGUGGUCACAUGAUGAGAUAAACCGUUUCGAAAGAUUCUGCACGUUUUCCGCGUCACUUUAUUGGGAGAAAUGUACUGAAACGCACUGAAGACGACAACAUGUUCAUUAAGAAUGUGCUGCUGCUGCUCCACCGCCUAAAGGUGGUUACAGUUAUUAUUUUUAUCAUAAUAAUUUCAGAAUUUUUAAAAUUUAAAUAAUUAUAAAUUAAGUCAAAAUUAAAUGUGUAUAUUUAUUUAUAAAAAAAAGUUCAAAGCAAUGAAAGUUUCUACGACGAUUGAAACUGUUUGCUUUUAUCCCAACGGUCUUAUUCUGCAUUUUAACUAUUUAAGAUUAAUAAUUUAGAUUAAAUUGCCCUUUUUGGACUUAAAUUCAAAUCUCUUAUAAUUUACCCUUGAAAAUUAAAGCCUUAAUAUAAAGUUUGCUGUAUGCACUUUUUUUUAGCAAGUGUCUAGUUGAAUGAUGAUGCAUUCAGGUCAUGUGGGAGAUUUCCAUGCACUUUAAUUUGUAUUCACAACUUUUCUAGAGAGAUAAAACUGAAUUGAACUGAUUGAUCAUUUAUUGAAAACAUCAACUAAUGUAGCAUUUAAAUAUUUUUCAACUUGAGUCAAGAUAAUAUAACCCUUAAUUUACAGAAUUAGUAGCUUAGAGAAGUGAUUGAGCUGAAAUUGUUCAAAAUGUGAAUACUAUAUGUAUUUAAGAUUUAAAAAAAAAAAUUAGGUCUGUAAAUAUAUCCUAGGAAAAGCUCCUCAAAGGUUACAAACAUUUCACUUCGUGACCCCAAAAAUCCCAAAUUAAAGGACUGUUAAUCCCCUAAACACACAUAUAAUUACGUAAAUUUGUUAUUAAUAUGAAGUAUUUCUUUUUUAGGUUGAAAUAUAUUUUUUCUUUGAAAAAGGACAUUUUUUCAGCAUUUUUUUAUUUUUAUUGGGACAU